UAAAUGGAGGCUGGGACUAGUUAUAAAGUCCCCGAAGUCGAAUAAAUAUUGCAAAAUUGCUCUUGAUUAUUGAGAUUUCUGCAUGGAAAGUCUUCAUGUAAAUUAUAGGUUAUAAUGAUGGCAGGCCCAGAAGAUGAGGUCUACAAGAUUGCUUUAUGUGGCAAGAUGGGUGUUGGGAAGACAUCCAUCUAUACCAGACUAUCCACAGAUGAGUUUCCUGAAGAAGAACAGUCUCUUCAUCACAUUGAUCAGUGCUUCAUACCUUUAGUGUGCAUUUGCAAUAAAAAGUUAAAGAUACAUUUAUGGGAUACCCUUGGAAUGGAGGAAUACGAGUCUCUAACUCGUAACCAUUACAGCAACAGCAAAGUGGUCUUGGUUGUGUAUAGUCUUGAUCUUCCAGACUCUUUGGCACAGGUCAAAGAGUGCACUCAGUCAGCACAAGUCAAUGCACCUGCUGCAAAGAUUGUUCUUGUUGCAAACAAAAUGGACCUUCCAAAUUAUAGAAGACUUGAAACAGAUCUUCGUGUCAAGGAAAUGUUUCCUAAGACUGAGUAUGAACAUCAAUUUAGGAUAUCAGCAAAGACUGGAGAAGGUUUGAAUGAACUAAAAUGUUUUAUUUGCAAAUGUUUACACAAACUGUCCCGGCAUGACAGUAGUAGAAGUAAUCAUAAUGUUAAUAGUGAUAUGCAGAAUAUCUCACUAUCUGGGACCUGUGUACAGCGCCAUCAUAGACAGUGUUGUGUUAGACACUAAGAGAUAGGUGAUGUGCAGAAUAUCUACUUGGAUCUGUGUACAGCACCAUCAUAGACAGUGUUGUAUUAGACAUCGAAAAAUACAGCUGACACAAACAUCCUCCCUCCUAUCUUUUAGUAGUAGCGACACAAGCAUCCUCCCUCCUAUCUUUUAGUAGUAGCGACACAAGCAUCCUCCCUCCUAUCUUUUAGUAGUAGCGACACAAGCAUCCUCCCUCCUAUCUUUUAGUAGUAGCGACACAAGCAUCCUCCCUCCUGUCUUUUAGUAGUAGCGACACAAGCAUCCUCCCUCCUAUCUUUUAGUAGUAGCGACACAAGCAUCCUCCCUCCUAUCUUUUAGUAGUAGCGACACAAGCAUCCUCCCUCCUAUCUUUUAGUAGUAGCGACACAAGCAUCCUCCCUCCUAUCUUUUAGUAGUAGCGACACAAGCAUCCUCCCUCCUAUCUUUUAGUAGUAGCGACACAAGCAUCCUCCCUCCUAUCUUUUAGUAGUAGCGACACAAGCAUCCUCCCUCCUGUCUUCUAGUAGUAGCGACACAAGCAUCCUCCCUCCUGUCUUCUAGUAGUAGCGACACAAGCAUCCUCCCUCCUGUCUUCUAGUAGUAGCGACACAAGCAUCCUCCCUCCUGUCUUCUAGUAGUAGCGACACAAGCAUCCUCCCUCCUAUCUUUUAGUAGUAGCGACACAAGCAUCCUCCCUCCUGUCUUCUAGUAGUAGCGACACAAGCAUCCUCCCUCCUGUCUUCUAGUAGUAGCGACACAAGCACCCUCCCUCCUGUCUUCUAGUAGUAGCGACACAAGCAUCCUCCCUCCUAUCUUUUAGUAGUAGCGACACAAGCAUCCUCCCUCCUGUCUUCUAGUAGUAGCGACACAAGCAUCCUCCCUCCUAUCUUUUAGUAGUAGCGACACAAGCAUCCUCCCUCCUAUCUUCUAGUAGUAGCGACACAAGCAUCCUCCCUCCUAUCUUCUAGUAGUAGCGACACAAGCAUCCUCCCUCCUAUCUUCUAGUAGUAGCGACACAAGCAUCCUCCCUCCUAUCUUUUAGUAGUAGCGACACAAGCAUCCUCCCUCCUAUCUUUUAGUAGUAGCGACACAAGCAUCCUCCCUCCUAUCUUCUAGUAGUAGCGACACAAGCAUCCUCCCUCCUAUCUUCUAGUAGUAGCGACACAAGCAUCCUCCCUCCUAUCUUCUAGUAGUAGCGACACAAGCAUCCUCCCUCCUAUCUUUUAGUAGUAGCGACACAAGCAUCCUCCCUCCUAUCUUUUAGUAGUAGCGACACCAGACUGUGCAGACAGUGCAUUUUUUUAAGUAUUAUUAGAAGGAUAUAAGAAGCUUUGAAGAUAUGAUAAAAUCAAUUUGUAUAAAGUACCAUGUAUCAUAGUUCUAUAAAAUAUAUGUGAAUCAAUGAAAGCAGUAAUACACCUUUCUAGCCUUGGUAGUUGAAAAAUCCUAAGUUUUUUUAUCUAAACAUUUUUUUCUAAAGUUAAAACUCUAAGUUAGUUUUCCCAGCCUGACUUGGUUGGCUAUAGUCUUAACAAGCUACAGAAUACGCUUGAACAAAUCUUUUGUAUAAAAUAUACAUAAUUAUUCGUGAAAUUUAGCCCCUACCAAAUAGUAUUUGAUAGUAGAUAAAAUAAGAUCUGAAUUUAGAUGUUAAGUUUUACUUAAUUUUCUAAACUAUCGAAUGCUUUACUUCUGUCAACUUAUAGCAAAUAAUCCCGGUCUAGUAUUACAGUAUUUCUGAAUCGCGAUAUUUAUUCACUGUCCCGUGAGAAAAUGUCAGGCAAGAAGAAAAUAAAAAUAAAAUCAUAUGAUUAUUCCUUAGAUUCUAA